AUGUUAUGGUCUGGUCUCGAACUCGAUCUUCCACAAGUGAAUUCGGCAGCUUGUGGAAAAGAGGCGUGGACCCGGUGUAGUGGAUCCCGUGGGGCGGGGGCGGGGAGGGGGGAGCCAAAGAUAUCGAGUGCUAGGAGUGCUUCUGGCAUCCUCGACACGGACAAGGGCGCCCUGCUCAUGGAACAGUGCUUCAAGCGCAUAAAUAGCCUGGCUAAGAGUCCGAAGCUGCUGUUGCGCAUACGCUUUAUGCUCCGCGACGUCAUGGAGCUCUGGAGAGACCGCGGUGUGUCGCGCAAGGCCACUAGCACAGAGGGCCCCAUGCCCAUCAACCAGAUUCGCAAUGACAACAACGAGCACUCGAGCCCCGGCGGGCCGCUUGGCGGUGGACCCGGAGGACCCUGCGGCUACGACUACGGCCGCAAUUGCGGCGAACCCGACGACGAGCCGAGCUCCUGGGCCCUGAUAAGUAUUGCGUCGGUCGACGUCUGCGUGUCUAUUGCUCGUCGCCGGUCGGUCAUUGUGCGUGGCGGUGAGCUGCUGCUGCAGCCCCGCAGAGAAAACCAUUGGCGGGUUUAAUUGCAGAGGCUCGGGCUCCUGGCUUACGGCAUUCUUUCGCGCAAUUGCUCUGAUUUGCACUGAAGCUCCGGACCUUUAGCUCCAAUGGCUUCUACAACACCAACCAGCACAAUCAGCCUUCCAUCUUUACCCCACCCAGAAAUAGCCAGUAGAACAAUUUCUUGGCCAAGCAUAACCAGCAGCAGCGCAACUCACCCCAGAACUGCAAUAGCAAGUAUACGAGAAUCUUUGUAUCGACCUUUUUUACAUAGCUCUCCCUCGUAUUUCUGUGACUAACCAUUCAACUUCCUACCUUUUGCAAGGACAAUAUGAGGUUGCAGAAGAGCAAGAUGCUCAUCGGACCACUGGAGCUCUCCCUUAGGUCCUCGGCAAACUCAAUGGCGGUUUCUGGUUUGACUUUGUUGCUGUUGUUGUGCUGCCUCCACGAUCUUAGUGCUGUACUAGAUCACUGGCAAGGGAGAACAAGUUAGCUCUUGCUAUUUAUGGACUCAUCACAGCCAUUGUACUGUCUCUGGACUGCUUGACACAUUUAGUGAAGAGAAAGUAGAAGCAACGUGCCAUUAACGUACAGAAUGUUAUGG